AUGGAUGUGCUCCGAAAACGACAUGGUCAGGGGAACAGGAUCCCCGUCCUGGUCGACAAUCACCCCUCCCUCCAUGGGAAUUGGAACCUGAGCAAACAGGCCCGGCCCGAAGAAGUCGUCAUCGUUAUCGUCCUCGUUAUCGUCGAUCACAUACUCGGCAAGGCGAGCUGCGUCGGGAACUUCAUCCGAGGUGAUAUCCACAAGUACUUUCGGCUCUGUUCUUUGGGUCGACUCAACCUCAUCCUCAAUCACGACGGUGUGGUGGGUGAAUCCCAUGCCGCAACGUUGGUCGGGGUGCCUUUGGCGGCGCCGGCGACUCUGCAGGGGCAUACCGUCGUCGUGGAGUAA